UGAAGCACUUCAGGGUUUAUUUGUGCUCAUCGAGUUCCCUAUUGAUCUAAGGACUCCAUACCAGUGGAACUGCGACGACGAAAUAGACGAUAAAGGAAAAUUGUGUAAGGGAUGGGCUGAAGGUGGCCUGUGCACUAUGCACAAGGCUACGAUGUUUCUAUUCUGUCGAAAGACGUGCCUUUGUGUUGGGCCAAGUGUCUAG